UCUAGUGACUAAGAAAAGCGUAAGGGCUUCGUUAGUCUUUCUGGAUCAAAAUAACGAAAACGAAUAUGCACUGAUAAAAGUCGGAAAAAAUAAAUAUUGAAUUGGGAUCCAUUUUGUUUGUUUCAAAAAUCACCACGCCGCUCAUCUAAUCACACAGUCAACAUGAACCGCAGGUCAGCCGAAUCUCAGUGGACAUCCACUUUUUCCAGCAUCAAAUUGGGCCACGACAAUGCCUACCGUAUAAUCGAGCGUGCCAUUAAAUUUGAGGAACGUGAGCGGCCUGAUCUGGCUCUAAAGGACUACAAAGAAGGCAUUCAAAUCAUUGACGAGACACUGGCGAUUCCCGUGGAAAUCCCUGAUGAUUUCCAUAAGGAUGAAAACUGGGACAAAGCGGUUCGUAUGAUUCACAAGAUGAAAUGUACCCGUGGCGAAGUGUUGCAACGAGUUGGUCAACUUGGAAUAAAAAUGGAUCAACAAGAAGCAAAAGCUGUUGGGAAAAAUGUAGAGCUACAUAGUGGCGAUACGUUGAGACCCAGAACCUAUACUGAGUUGGCACAGGCUCUUCAAGAAAUGCAUUGUAGCAGUGAGGAAGUAGCAGGAAAUAAUACUUUGGAGUUACUGUUUUCAUGUGACGGUGUUAAAAUGUACUAUAUCGAACCCGACGGAGUUGUGUCGAAAGCUCUGGAGGACUCGACAAUGCGUAUUGUUCGGAUCGACAAGGAUGACGUUAGAAAAUUGGAGAGCACGGUAUUCAUCCAACUGAUACCGACGUCUGCUAGCGUCCGUAUUCGGGAUGUCGAAAAUCCGUUGGAGACAGCUGUGGAGGCUAUGGAAGGUGUCGUCGUUGUCGAUGCGGUAGAAGAACAUAGCGGUAUUGACCCUUCCUUCAUUUAUCCAUUGAUUCCGGGUGUAUCACCGUGCUACAGAACCGAAUACGGAGCCUUCAUUAUUCCCGACUUGAGUAGUGACCACGGAAGAACGAUCGGGCUGGUAAUUCCACCAGAUGCAGAUGAUGUGGUAUUGGAAAUUUUUGUAGCAUUUUUGCACGGUUUCGUAACUCAUGGUUUCGUAACUCAAGGCCGUAGCGAAGCACGCAGCACAAGCGCAAAUGUUUCGGCAAACAUUAUUAAAGGAGCAUUUUACAUAUCUAAAGGAUUGGUCAAGGGAGCAGAAAAAACUGGAGAAUUUAUUUCAUUCAGCACCCCUUAUUUGUUGUCCAAGAUGCAAAAAACUCCAGAUGAAGCCGCAAAACAGGUUCCGGGUAAUGUCAAAACCAGCGUAGAAAUAGCUAAAACAGUAAGCGGCAAAGCAGCAAGUGUCACUAGCUAUGUGGCAGGUAAAGUCGGAUCUGCUACCUUGGCUCUAGGCCGUUUUCUCGCUCCUCACAUUCAGAAGCACGGUUCGGAUUUACUCUCCUACAGUACGGGAAUGACAGCGGAAAACGCCUCAGAAACCGUCCAUGGAGCUUUAACUAUAUGUGCUGGUGCUGUGGAAGGAUUCGGAACCGUUUACGCCGGUUUGGAAAAGUCAGCCUCUAUUCUGGGAACGAGUUUGAGCCAAAGUACCGUCCAAAUUGUACAACACAAGUACGGCUCGGAAGCAGGUCAAGUAGUAGGAAACUCUUUGGACACUGUCGGUAACGUUAUUAACGUGAGUCAAAACAUGAACAACAUCACGCCAAAAGGAAUUGCCAAACGGACAGCGAAAGACGCCGGAAAAGCACUGGUUGCUGGUUAUCGACCUGCUAUUCCAGAGGUGGAUGGCGGUGAAGGAUCUUCGAGCGGCCUGAUGAAUGGAGCUAUUUCGGAACAGCAACAUCGUGUUGUACCAGCGUCUGUUCUGUACCCGGAUCUGUCCGGCUUAGCCAAAGAAGCUAAUAUAACUGGCUAGACUAACUCUAGAUUUGUGUUCUUUGAAUCUCAAACCAACAAAACGAAUUUUACGUGAAAACUGCUAGACGUUACGUACAAGUGAUAUACUGAAACAAAAUAAUGUAACAAAUAUGUUAGAGGUGUUUUAAUAGAAGCCAUAUUUAUGAAAAAUAUAUCUAGAAUCAGGAGCAGGGUACUGGAUAUGGCCUUCAUAUUUAAACAUAGGAUUACCUGAUUGAUAAAAACUAUCUUUGUUCAUGCUCUAAAGAUUACGGACAGAUGCGAUUAUAAGUUUGCGCAAAUAAACAAACCAAUACUGUAGUUCGGAAGAUUUGAUAUUUUAGAAGCAAGUUUAUCUUAUUAUAUACAUCAGAUUUGCGACUAUUGCUGUUUACAUUGACUUACGUAAUGGGCCUACGCAUGAACCAUAGCGAAUGGUAUUUCAGAACAAGGGUAAAAAAUAAUGGUUUUACUGCUUUAAUAAAAUGUUAAAUGUGUAUACUAAAA